UUGUUUUGCCAGCACGAGCACUUUCAAAAUGGCGUUCGGGCGGUAUACGCAUGCGAUCGUUUGUCGAGUGCCCAACAGCAUCAAACUGUGUGCGUCAGGUGUUAUUGGCGACAUAAACGUUGAAUUGGCGAGAAAGGAACAUGAAGAAUUUUGUAAAACACUUCGAAGUCUCGACCUUGAUGUCAUCGAACUGCAGGCCGACGAGUCAACCCCGGACUGUGCUUUCGUUGAUGACACUGCGAUCAUUUGCAACGGCGCUGCCUUGAUCUGCAGGCCAGCCAGUGGACAGCGCCACAAAGAACUGGACAUAAUACGGGCGACCAUCAAGAAAGAACUGGGCAUUGCAGUAAUGGAAAUUCGGGACCCGAAGGCAAUUAUAGAAGGUGGAAACGUGCUUUUUACAGGUCGAGAGUUCUUUGUUGGCAUAUCUCCUCGGACGAAUGAGGCAGGAGCACGGGCACUAGCUGCUGCAUUCCCCGAAUUUCCUGUGACACCUGUAAAACUGCCUAAGCGAAACCAUAUCAAGGAUCUCCUGUCCAUGGCUGGCCCUGAUGUCAUCUGCCUGUCUGACAGCCUGGAGUCACAAGCUGUCAAAAGGCAAGUGGAGAGAGAGGCAACAUUCCAGUAUCAGACGGUGACUUUGCCUGAAGAGAGGGCAGCAGGCUGUUUAUACAUCAAUGGGCGCUUGCUGCACAGGCAUGAGUUUCCAGCUGCUAAUCAGGAGUUCGCCCAGAAGAUUGACUAUGGCCGUGUGACACUUUCGGUAACGGAACUAAGCAAAGCCAGCACAGGUCUUCCCAGCCUGGCCCUUUUGGUGCGAAAGAGCAGGCACCAUUGAAACCAUGACCACAUCCAGCUUUUAAGCAUUUGCACUCCCACUGUUUCAUUUUGCCAACUCUGGUUAGGCACUGUUCAAACAAGUAUUACAUGCAGGCCAUGUGUUACCAGUGCACAAUAUAAUUGACAGCUAGAUGUAGCGCAAAGAAAAAAAACUCUUGUUCCUUCCAAAGCAUUUUUUUCAAGCUUUGUGUCAAAGUAUCUGCUGCCCAACAACUGAUUGGUACAUAGAGGACUCAUGCAUCCCCAAAAUUUUUUCACUUUUAUAGUGAGUGCGCACAUGCUUGCUGCUUAUGAGUAUAGCCACAAAUGAGCAUGGCAGUGUUGCAGUGGUGAUCUCGUAGCCCCGUCCGGCUUUUUUUCUUGGUUGGAACUAUGGAUUUUGUCUUUGACAACUCUUUCUAAAGCAUCAAUGUUUUUUGUUUAUGUUGUGAACAGCAAGCUACAAUUUAUGUGUUUGUCAUGCUUUGUUUUGUCUUGAAAGAUUUGGCCACACAUACACGGCACUGGUGCUGCAUUGUUGAACAUUUAAAACUACGUCUUUAGCAGGUUCUGAUUGUUCUAACUUUGAUGGUCACAUGUAGCAUUUUUUUCUUCAGUGAGCAUUAUUUUCAUACUGCUUCAUGCUCAACUGUGUGCACAUUGAACAUUAUACUAUUAGCUAGAGAUCGCUUAUUAUGCCUUGAGGCAACCUUGUUGAUUUGUGAUAAUCUUCAUUGGCUUUCAUUAUUGGUUGCAAAAAUGUUUCUUUCUUUCCAGCAUCCAGUAAGAGUAACAAAAUUAAAGGUGUUCCUAUAAAUCUAAAUGCAGGUACUAAUACCAUGCCGGAAAUGAUCAGUCACACAUCCUCGUUAGCUUGUCUAGCCAUUUUCAUUCAUUGCUGUUUAUAUUUUCUUCUUUCAGUCAGUCUCAAUUUCAUCAGCUUUCAAGAACAAAUAACAUUGCACUUACUGAGUGUCAGAGUGAAUUUUCUGUGCCUUUCUUAAGUUUUUCACUCAUUGUCCAUUAGCAUUAGAUGGCAACAGAUAGUGUCACACUGAUUUAAUGCUGUUGUAGAUUUUGCUUGCGUUGCAUAGUUCAAGGAGGUUCUGCACCUAGUAGUAUUCCCUUACGGAAUGUGUGCCUUGGAAGCUAUACAUCUGCUCAUAUAUGUAGUUAUAAUUCAUUGUUUGUUGCAUCAUUAUACUCUCAGCAGCUUGUUUAUACCAAGCACAAGGAGGUACUAUAAUAAAGCUUUGUCUGUGACAAAGCUUCGCUAAAACUUUACAAUAAGCACUAUGCUUCAUUGUUGAAGGCUUUACAUCUACGCACAAAUGAUUAUGUCCAGAAAGAAAAAAAAGGAACCUUUGGUGUUGCAUUGAAGAGCUAGAACUUGUGAAAUUGUGCAGGGAAAAAAAAGUGUGUGCACUCUGUUUAAGGAGUUCCCUCUUGCUUAUUCGUUUUGCUGUGAGUAGGUAUGAGAUGUGUGAUUCAAGUGUGGCUUCAAUAGGCCUUAAAGGGGCUUUGUAACACUUCUUGAACUUGGAAAAUACUGCCAAUUGGUAGUUGAGGCUCCUGUGCACGUGUGAGCCAAGUAUUAUAGCACUAGAGCACUGCAUGUGGCAGGGAAUUUGCAAUUGCAUUUGAAGGACAUCUAGAGAUUGCUCACACUUUUCUCAGGAGGUUAUGUAAGCAAGGGACCCAACUGCGUCGUGAAAGGAAGAACACGAAUAUUGGCUCAAUUAAGCAUUAUUAUGCUGGAUAGUUCUUGCGGCUGCCUCGGGCUGCCACCAUGUGCCAGGGCUACACUCUGUAGUGUGCUAUAAUCACAUGGUAGUGACACUAGCGCUCUCGUGAUCACAGCAAAAGUGAGUAGAUGCGUUCGCAGAAAAAAAAAUACAUAUAUGUGCGAAAA